CCCACCUCCCUCUGCACCCAGGGAAGGUUUAUUAAACUAGAGCACAGCAGACACUCAGUUUCUGUACGUAACAUUUUAAGUUACCUACAUUUGACUUUCCUCAUUUCACAACCCACACUCCUACCCCUAAAACUACACAUGCUUCACCCACAGAACCAUUACCUCACAGCCUUUUAUUUCCUUUUCUUUUAGACCGAACCUUUUAAGCUACUUAAAAAAAAAUAUUCCCCAGCACACUGUUAUCUCUGGUUAUAGUACCAGGAAGGAGUGCUGGGGCCAAAUGAGGCACAAUGGAAUUUGCUGUGGGGAAACCCGCUGAUGCCAGUGGAACCCGCCCUGUGAAUUCCCGUGGCUYGUGCCACCCCUUUAUAAGCAGGUGCAGGUGUGCCAGGACAAGCAGGCAGCAGCCAGCCAGACACUCAGCAGAGCACUGCCUGUUUGUGGAGAGGGAAUGACUGGCUGCAGCAGCAAGAGCAUGGUCCUGCUUUCCCUGCUGGGGCUGCUGGUGCUGCUCCUGUGCGGCACCUCGCAAGCACAAAGCAACCAGGAUUGCUGCCUGUCUUACACCAAAGUGCGCCUGCCUCGGUGGGCCCUGAAGGGUUACACUGAACAGCUCUCCAGUGAGGUCUGCGACAUCCCUGCCAUCAUUUUUCAUACCUCCAGUGGGCUGAACGCCUGUGUGAAUCCUAAGGAAGGCUGGGUGAAGAAACAUCUUCUUUUUCUGAGCCACAGGCUCAGGAAGAUGUCAGCCUGAAAGAGUUUCCAGCAAGGAACUAAGCAGUAACAGAAUGGCUGAAGCACCUUGAGGUUUAAGCUCAUGGCUGAGAUUGUUUGUACACUGUUGUGCACUCACCUCCAACUCCAGCUUCUUCGGAACCACUGAACGUCUCAAAUUGAUUCAUAUUGCACUGUUUUGCUUGAAAUAAGCAUGUUGUUAAAGCUUUUAUUGUUACUUAUAUGUGUGUGUUACUGAUAUGAUGAGCACUGUUUAGCAAGGAAUACUUUAGGCUAAAUAAGUUGAAAAGUGAAUUUUAUUAAGUUUAUUGCAUGUUAUUUUUGGUUUUUUUUCAGCAUGUAUAAAGAAGGUUAUUUAUUUUGUUUAUUUUGUUAUUGCCUUGUGCCAAAAUGUUUCCUUUAAGGUGCAGUUAGCAUUACAGUACUUCUUCAACUAUUAUUAAAUGAAGUAUAUUUGUAGAAAAAAAAAAGGAAAUUAUGGCGUUAAAAAAAAAAU